CGGUGGACGCGGUAUACCUGGACAGAGGGGUGGCGGUGGACGCGGUAUACCUGGACAGAGGGGGGGUGGCGGUGGACGCGGUAUACCUGGACAGAGGGGUGGCGGUGGACGCGCGGUAUACCUGGACAGAGGAGUGGCGGUGGAUGCGGUAUACCUGGACAGAGGGGUGGCGGUGGACGCGGUAUACCGGGAAAGAGGGGUGGGGGUGGACGCGGUAUACCUGGACAGAGGGGGGUGGCAAGUGGACGCGGUAUACCUGGACAGAGGGGUGGCGGUGGACGCGGUAUAUACUUGAAUAAGGGGGGGGGUAUGAUCUCCAUGUAUAAUACAUAAGGGGGGAUACGAUCUCCAUGUAUAAUACAUAAGGGGGGAUACGAUUUCCAUGUAUAAUACAUGAGGGGGGAUACUAUCUCCAUGUAUAAUACAUAAGGGGGGAUAUGAUCUCCAUGUAUAAUACAUAAGGGGGGGAUACCAUCUCCAUGUAUAAUACAUAAGGG